GUGCCACCACCACCUCAAAUGACCGUGACCGAUAUAAACUACUGGGAAACACGUAACAAAUUGAACAAAAUCACGACACUGAUUUCUGCACUAUCUGCAUGUCCACAGGAACUAAGUUGGGACACAUCAGAAUGAGCAAUGGCCGUUGGCUGUGAUUCGCUGUGUUUGUAGCGUGUUGCUGUCACCCGGUGGCAGCUCUGGAAACAUGUCGGCUCGUUACACACUAACGCCGCGUGCUGUGUGAUCUCACCCCCCGUGGUGUGGUUCAGAGCGGCGGGGUGAUCUGGUGCCAGCUGCUUUGGGACGAAGUCCAGUUUCUUAAAAAAAAAAAAUUCCGAGCUCACACUACAUUUCCCAGAGGCCCAUUGGGUUACGAGCGACAGUUAAACGGACCAAUCGUCUGUCGUUUGGCGGCACCAUCGAAGUUGAAGCCGCUCCGCAGCUGCGCAGUGGACUACUGCGCUCCCAGCUGUACACAUUGACCCGAGAGUCACAGACGAAGGCCGGGACGCAUCGGCCACCGAGACAGGCUGACUGAAGAUCGGCAGGUAGACAUCGGGCUUUCCUUCAGCUCCGCUAUUGCCAGAGUGAAGAAGAUUUCUUCCGUUUUCAAUGACACGGACGGCAAGGGAAAGUUAAGGCCGUCCACUCCUCCUUUUUGAAUCUGCAUCCCAGACUCUCCUCACUCUCUAAAACCUUCAGGAUGUACCAGAUCGUCCCCGUGGCUCCCGGGGAGCAGCAGACGGCCGGGGGAGCUGGGAACUCUCCAGUCAAGAAGAAACUGGCUCAUGAAGGCCGGCCACUGGUGGCGGCGGGCAUGCUGGGCUGUGUGUUGGUGCUGGCCGCUGUGGUCGCCUGGUGCUACUAUUCAGCGUCGCUCCGCCGAGCCCAGCUGCUGAAGGCCGAGCUGCUGGAGCUCAACAAAGACGGUUUUAUUAUUCAUAAUCAGGCGGGGGCCGUCAUCUUCAGCAUGGCCUUCGGGUCUGGCACUCUGAAUCUGGACUCCUGCUCAAAGGAGGGGAAGAUUCUGAGAUGCACUCAGUCAGAUUCCGGCGAGCUGAACUUCUUCAUCCAGACGGUCCGACCAAAGGACACGGUGAUGUGCUACCGCGUUCGCUGGGAGGAGCUGCAAAGUAAGCGCUCGGUGGAGCACGCUAUGUCCUAUAACGACUCUCAUUGGUACGGAGGGGCGGAGACGGCAACCCAGCACUGGCCCAUCAGGAUGCCCGGCGAGGAGGAGCCGCAGCCUUUCAUCACCAGUGACGUCUACUCCAAUCGGAAAGCUUUCGGGGGGAUCUUGGAACGCUAUUGGCUGUCCUCCAACGCGACCGCCAUCAAGAUCAAUGACUCGGUACCGUUUCAUUUGGGCUGGUCUGAGAAGAACAGUACACUCAGGUUUCAAGCCCGAUACCAGGACUCUCCCUUCAGACCACCAGAGGGCAGGCCGGCCUUCCCUGAACUCAGCUACAGAGUGUGUGUGGGGUCUGAUGUCACCUCUAUUCACAAAUACAUGGUGCGACGGUAUUUCCCGAAGCCCAUCAAGGUGCCGUCUCCUGAGGUCUUUCAAAAGCCAUUGUGGUCCACGUCGGCUAUCCACAAGACGGCUGUGACUCAGGAGAAACUGCUGCGCUACGCCUCCGACAUCACCAAGUACGGCUUCACCUGCUCCCACCUGGAGCUGGACGACCGCUACACCGCGGACUACGGGGAGUUUGACUUUGACCCGCAGAAGUUCCCCAACGCCAGCGGCAUGUUCGACAAGCUCCGAGAGGACCGGUUCCAAGUGUCGCUCUGGACACAUCCUUUCAUCAACUAUGACUCCAUUAAUUUUGGCGUCGCCGUGGAGAAAGGGCUGUUUGUCCGGGAGCCGAGCGGCGAGCUGCCUGCUCUGGUGCGCUGGUGGAACGGCAUCGGGGGGGUUCUGGACUUCACCAACCCGGAAGCUCGCGAGUGGUAUUCCUCCCAGCUGCGUAUGAUGAAGACCCGCUAUAACGUGACGUCCUUCAAGUUCGACGCGGGAGAGACAAGCUACCUCCCGCGCCAGUUUAGCACCCUGGUGCCGCUGUCGGACCCCUCCACCUUCACCCGCCGCUACACGGAGAUGGCCAUCCCGUUCAGUGAGCGUGCGGAGCUGAGGGUGGGUUACCAGAGUCAGGAUAUCUCCUGCUUCUUCAGGAUCAUAGACCGGGACUCCGUGUGGGGCUACGAGCUCGGCCUCAAGUCCAUCAUCCCGACGGUUCUCACCAUUAGCAUUCUGGGUUACCAGUUUGUGUUACCUGAUAUGAUAGGAGGGAACGCGUACCCCAACCGCACCGCAGUUGGUUUAGAUGGCAAAAGUGUUCUGCCGGACAGAGAGCUGUACAUCCGAUGGUUGGAGCUGUCUGCUUUCAUGCCCGCCAUGCAGUUCUCCAUACCGCCAUGGGCCUAUGACAGCGAGGUGGUGCAGAUAGCGCUGAAGUUCGCAGGGCUCCAUGAGACUCUGGUGGCCCCGAAGGUUCUCGAACUGGCAGGCAAGGUCCUGGACACCGGGGACCCGAUCAUCAGGCCCCUCUGGUGGAUCGCCAACAACGACGAUGCAGCGUACAAGAUCGAUUCCCAGUUCCUGAUCGGGGACGACCUGAUGGUGGCGCCGGUGUUGGAGUCAGGGAAGCAGGAGAGGGACAUCUACCUGCCCGCAGGGCGCUGGAGGAGCUACAAGGGGGAACAUUAUGACAAAGGCCCCACGUACCUCACCGACUACCCCGUGGACCUGGACGAGAUAGCUUAUUUCACAUGGGUUCACUGAAGGCAUCAACGGCCUUUAACACGCACACACGUUCUGUAUGCACAUUGUGGUGAGCACACGCACACGCCAGGAGAUGCAGGAGAUGUUUGCUUGUUUUUCAAAGGGAAAUGACCAUUAAGUAUAUUUAUGUUAAAAUAGUUCUGCCAAUUGCCUUCCACCCAAAGAAUCAGAACAAAAACCCAUGUUCACUUUCUUUGGCUCCAUCCUUUAGCCGAUCCUCAUCCUCAUGUGCCUUCCACAGCAUUCAACCGAUCUGCGAUUGUAUCGUCAGCGCGUCUUCCACCUGAUGGACAUCUAGUCCUUCGUCCUUCGAGGCCCACAGCUCGAAUGUUUUGGGUCUUUCUCAUGGACUGACGGUGUUGGGUGCUGAACCGGCAAUAAAUACUCACAGAAGCCCUCUGAGGGGAUGCCUCGCCUCAUUUCACCAUGGCAACUGCUGUAUUGUGGAGAACACUCAUAACUACCUACGGUUGAAGGUAACCUGCAUUAAUUAGCAUUGCACUGACGGCAGCAUGUGUCUCAUUCGUCACUUUGUCUUCAUAUUCAUGAAGCUUUGCUUGGUAUGAUAGAAUAUGAGUCUAUUGAUACUAGAUUGUGUACUGAAACAUGAUUCUGGGUGUAAAUGUAAAGCUAAACGGAGUGCAAGUAUUUAUACGUCUACAUUCCUGUGACCUGUUCUUGGUCCUGGUCGUGCCAUUCUGCCAUUUCAGGGCCAAAUCUAAUUCUCCAAUGACUUCCAUCAGCUCAGGGGAAGCGUAAAAGAAUAAGAAGUGUGAAUUCAUUUUGUUGGUCCACAGACUCAAGACAUGGAUGUAUUGCAGCGAUGCUACUAGUUUGCCUUGUUAAAGACGUAGUGUUCUCAAAGGUGCCUCAUAACCUCCCGUCCAUUUCUGCCUGGUGACUUUAUUUGCCUUAUUGUCUUUAGUGCAGAGAGUGCAUCUUUAUGUUCUUGAGUAUUGAUUUUGCAAAGUAAUCUGCCAGUGAU